AUGUCUUCAAAUCUCUCGUACUUCGAUGAGCUACCUGAGCGUUGGUCCAUUCACGGAUAUUAUGAAUUUCGAAAAAGACAAAGUGAUUUUAGUGGCAUUUUUCAUAAAGAGAAUGGCUGGCUGAAGAUAAAUCUGGAGACAAUCGCAAAUAACAAAGAAGCCUAUUUUAAUGAUGAACAAGUGGCAAGAGCCCUGAUGAUGCUUCGCGCCUUGAAGAACCAAAUGUCUGAUCCAGAAGUUGCCAUCUUUUGGAAGGAAAUUGAUUUCCAAAGAACGUUGAAGAGUCAGAUCGAGAUCGCACGGGUUGAUGGUGUCUUGCGUAUGUUUGAAGGAACGAACACCAGCCAACAACACGUUAUUAAUAUCCAACAUCAAGACUCUCUAGCUUAUAUCAAUCUUGUGCGGGAAACUGAGGACAACAUUCAGGAAAGCAGGAAAUCGGAUAAAAAAGACAUUCUCGAUGGAACAGAUAAUGAGGAAGGCGAGCUUACUAAAUAUGCACAUUCGCAAGAGGAAAAUAAAGAAAAUGUUCCUACGUGUAAAAAAACAAAAAAACGGCCGAACACGAAGAAUCAAAGACCAAGAAAUGAUAACGAAAAGUUUUCCUCCGAGUUUCCAUCUCCUCCUGAUGUAGGGCUUGAGGAUAACGAUGAAAUAAAGGUUGAUUUUACAAGUACUGAAAGAGAGUUGCUACGAGAAUCAACCAAUGAAUGGGUAUUCGGUACUAUCAAUGUAUCACGAAAAUUUAGACAAUAUCAAAUAGAGGUACUUAAGAAGGCGAAAACUAAUGGAUUAAAGUGGAGUGAUUUUUAUGAAAUGUUGGCAUUGUUUUCGAUAAUUGUUCUCAUCUCACCUUGCCCUUACCCUUCUUAUAUUUUCACUAUUCAGAAAUGGCAGAUGAUUACACGUGAAAACCCAUAUACCAUAGCUGAUCCAGUACUGCCAAUGGAGGUUUUACCCUUUUUACGGAAUGCAUCGGCUGAUUCCUUGGAAGGAAAGACUGCUUUUUUUUGUCCUUAUGUGAUUCUGAAAUUGGCCAAGUGUAGUAGUGUUCCUGACAUUUCCGCAACUAAAACAUCAGAGGAUGAGCACUGUUUCAAGUUGCUACAUCCAAUCAUUCGUCCGUUGUUUUUUACUAGCUCAUAUAAAGAAUACAAUAUUCGGUUAAAUCGUGCGACAAGUGAUAAGUUGAAAGUACAGUUGCGAGGGCGUAAGUCCAUCAAUCAGCUGUUAAGAAUGAAAGGUGAUCCAGCAGAAACAGUAUUGUUAAUAAAUCAAGGAGAUUUGGUAGAAUCAUAUGUUAUGGAUCUUAAAUACGAUGGACUUUACCGGUCAUGGCCUUUUUUAACUACCCGACUGGUCAAAGAUAAAACCACCAUUCCUUUGCUGGAGUCAAACAUUCGGCACUUUAUGGCACUAGAGGAACGCAUCAACAAAAUUGCCGAGGAUUACAAUCGUCGAACUUGUCAAAGUGGUACAACUACUCCUCCCUUGCAAAUACAGUAUAUGCGAGACUUGCCAGGUAGUCCGCAAAUGCAAGAGAUACUUAAUUCAAAGUGUGGUUAA